CAUUAUCACUCAAAACACACUCGAUCAUCCGGCGCCCGCAUUAGUGAAUAAAAUUUCUCAAAAUUGUCUGCGGAGCAUCUCUCCAGGGGUAGCCACUGCAUUGGUGGGUUCGAGGGGAGCUGGUGAGACUACUUCAAUGGAUGGUCUCGCUGGAAGGGGAGCAGACGGAUGUAUUUAAGGUGAAUUGAGGAUAUCAAGUCACCCAAAAGGGCAGCAUAAUUUUGCUAGAGUUUCUGGUAUAUAGAACAACACAUUUGCCUCAAGUGACAGUUGACGAGUCUCUCCGGUUUUCUUCCAGCUUCUGCCUCCCAAAAGAAGUCAGCAAAGGGGGGGAAAAACCAAGUGAAUAUUCAGAGAUCUAGUUUAUGCAUUUAUAAACUAUGGUUGGAUCAGUUUACCUCUGCAUCGACAGAGGUUGUGAAAUUGGUUCGGCCUGAUAUGCUUAGGCAUGCUCUGUUUGGUCCACCCGGUAGCUCAGAUUUAUCAACGGAACGAAGGGAACAGUUAGCCAUCGCAGUUGAGCCAGUUGCAAAUCCUUCUUUUAUCUUUAUGGAUGAACCUACCUCCGGUCUUGAUGGUCAAGCAGCAGCUAUUGUGAUGAGAACGGCUCUAACGCUGCUGACACUGGAAGAAUUUGUACUGUUCACCAGCCGAGUAUUGACAUAUUUGAAGCAUUUGAUGAGUUGCCUGUGUAUAAUAUAUGGAGGCAAGCCUGGAACCAAUUCACGGAUCCCGAUAGACUAUUUUCAGGUGGAGACUGGAAGAAACCAGAGAGAAUCCUCGGCUGUCACUUGGGGCGAAUGUAUUUCAUUCUGUUGUACAUUCCCAGAAACUCUAGCAGAAGUAUGCUGCUCUUUUGGUUGAUCUGAUAUCCUGAUUCACCUUCAAUAUACCCGCUUGUUUUUCUUCCAGCGAGAAUAUCCAUUAAAGGAGUCCUACCAGCUCCACUCGAACCGGCCAAUGCAGUGACUCCUCCUGAAAAGAAAGCUCCACUAAAUUUCGACAAAAGUUGUAGUUUACUUUCUGGUAUACCUUGUGAACUCAUACCCUGUAAAUUUUCAGUGAUAUGUUUUAAGGCAUUUCAUUUUAUCAUGUAGAAACUGGACACAGGUUAAAGCAUUGGAAAUUACCAAGAAAGAAUUAGCGCAUUUGAAAGUACACCUUUGGCGUGUCAACAAAGUCAUUAUCAUCAUCGUUAAUGGCUGAAAUGGAAGAAUCAUGCCCCCCUUCUUGUUACCCUCCACAGAGGAUGCUGGAGUCGAUCCUGACCCUGUGCUAUCCCCUGUAAACCCAUCACAGGUUUGGCAAAAUCACUAUAACAAAGUACAGUGCAACAUUAAUGAGG